UAAUCGACGAUCUUGCGAAGGUGAUCUCGGUAUCAUUUUAUUUCUCGGUGACAUCCGUGGGCAUCUCUCGCCCGAAAAGCGGCUCAGAUGAAUUCGUCGGCCGUGAAGACCUGGUUGCAGCGUGGCGAGCUCGAGAAACUCGAGAACGUUGUGUUGGAGGGUCGAGGUGUGCGCUUGUUGGGCGAACACUCGCAGGAUCUGCGAACCCGCGUCUUCCUGAAGGGACUCCCGAACUAUUUGACGAAGAUCGCUCAAGUGCACGACGCUGUGGCGCGCGGCUCAUUGGCGGAGACGCAGCGCGUCGUAAGCGAGGAGCCGAAGAAGAAGUUGGCGAUCGCGAAGGACUCUUGCGGCACCCCCUUGAUACACAAGGCGGUCUACUACGAUCAGCCGGACAUCGUCGCAUGGCUCAUAGAGAACUACCCCAUCACACCGCAACAAAAAGAUAAGGAAGGGAAAACAGCUCUGCACUAUUGCGCCGCGUGCAAGGACCCCGACGCGGUCUGGGAUCUUCUCAUUGAAGGCGGAUGUGACGCCAGCGUUUGCGACAAGAAGGGGAAUCCGGCGGCCUAUUACCUGGAACACUGCGCCGAAAUUGAAUUGCCAGAAGUGGAGAUCAUGUCCCGCCGGAGGAAAAGCACCGGAAAGGAUUAUCUCGACUGCAAGCCCUCCAAUAUCAGGAUAUGGAUACACAACAAAGACAUCGGGAAAUUGCAGCAGGUGCUCUGGGAGGGAUACGGGGGGAAAUUGCGAUGCGAGACCAGCAACAAUCCCCGGAUCAGAAAAUUCCUGGAGGCCGUGCCCUUCAUCAUGGGCACGAUAAAAGACAUUCAUACGGCGACCAUUAACAAUAACUUGGAUGGUCUUAAAAUAAAACUGGAGGAACCUGUUUCGCCCGUCGUCCUGGGCGGCAAGGAUAGCAAUGGCCUAAACGCCUUGCAUAAGGCCGCCGGUUUGGGGCACGCGGACAUCGUGCGUGAGAUCCUCGAAAGGUAUCCUGCGGCCGUGGCCGCCCAGGACAACGAAGGAAAGACUCCUCUGCAUUACGCUGCUGCGCUCAAGGACGAUGGCGCAAUGUACGAUCUCCUGACGGAGUAUGGAGCCGAUGAAAGCAAACUGGACAACAGGCAGAAGGCGCCCGCGUUCUACAAGAACCGGCCCUCGGACGUGGACCUGACGAAUCUCUCGGUGAUACCGGACGCGCCUCGCGUUUCCGGCAGCGCUUACCCGCGAAGCUGGGACUGGAGGAUCCUGGAGGCGAGCCAGGCCCUCACGCGAGGAAUGAAGAAGAUGAUCAGCCGCAGCGACGUCGACAGCGCCUUCGGUAGCGCCGACUCCACCACCAAGGACUCGGACGCCUCGAGUGAGAUCCACGGUACUGAGGAUUAUACGGGGGGUUUCACGGAACAGGUGAAAAGAGCGGAUGACGAACAGCCGCAGAACGAGGAGGAGGAGGAGGCUGAGACACCGAACGGAGGAAUAGAGGAGGAGGAGGAGGCGCCGAAUGAAGAAAAUAAUGAAGCUAACGACGGUGAAGAGAAGCAAGAGGAAGAGCAGGAGGAAGCCCCGAACGACGAAGCGAACGAAGAGGAGAAGCGGGAGGAGGAGGAGAAGCAGGAGGAAGAGGAGGAGGAGGAGGAAACGAAAGCGGACGAUUCUGAGGAGAAGGCAUCCUCGGACGAUGACGUAGUGACCGGGCCGGUCGCGAGAGACGAAGAGGCCGAGGCCGAGGAAUCCCCGAAGAUCGAGGAAAUCGCUGACGGCGAAAAAAACGAUGAGGAGAGGAACGAUCCCAGCACCGGUGACUCCGGUGUCGACGAUCCUGCGCAGGACGAGGAGCAGGUCAUCGUCGGAGAGCACGAGGAGCCCGCCGAGUUGGAACUCAACGAGGGUAGCAUGGCCCAUGAUCUGGAAGUAGACAACCUGCUGGAAAAGGGCAACAUGGAACAACUGGCGGCUCUGGUUCUCAACGGCGAAGGCCGGCGAUUAGUUGGACGACAGUCCGGAAAUCCGGAACUCCAGGCGUUCAUCGACAAUGUGCCAGCCUACAUGGGGAAGAUUCACGCGGUGCACAUGGCGGCACGAGAGGGUAACCUCCGCGAUCUGCAAAGCGCGCUGGAUCGUCGCAAAUUCGCGGUGGCGCGGGACGAAUCGUCGCCCCAUGGCGCCACACCGUUGCACGUGGCGGUUAUAUUCGGGAAUACCGCUGUCAUCAGGUACCUGGCAGGGAGAUUUCCAGAGACCGCUCACGCGAUCGAUCUCGACGGACGCACUCCGUUGCAUUACGCCGCGACGCUCGCUGACAACGGUCAUUACUACAACCUCCUGCUGCACCUGGGCGCCAAUCCUUUAGUGCAGGAUAACUUCGGACAUAAGGCGGAUUAUUACAAGCAAAAUCAAAGCGACCUAUCGCACAAAAAGAUCCUGCGCGAUUUCGGAGCCAGCGAGAGGCUCGCCGACGAAAUGCUGACGGACAAAGCCCUCACUCACUUCGACAAACCGUCCCCAACGUCACCGCGAUUUCUCCGCUCACGCUCUCUUUGCUCCUCCGUCAAUCCAUCAUCCCCUCCCGACGACACCGAUGGUAACUCGGCUGUUCUGUUGUCACCGGCGCCUGCUGCCGACCCGGACGAGACCGGAACAGUGCCCGGAGGUGACGCCUACUCCGCCCGGCGUGACGUGAGCGAGCCGGAGACACUGGCCACUCUGGAACGGUGUUUCCGCUUGCUGGCGGGUAACCGCCGCUCGGCCGCACCGAAGACAGCGUCGAACACCGGUACAUUAGUCGGCCGUUGCCUGAAGCGGCCGGUAUUCGAUCUGAUCAAGCACCGUGUGACUCGCAUGGACCACAAUCUCUUUGACGUGAUAUGGCCGGCGAUGAAAAGGUACGGUAACGCCACGGCCACCGGCAAUAAGGCCGGCAGCGCGCACUCGACCAUCAGCUACUCCGACGAGGACCACGGCUACGGCGUGGUGGCGCCCGACUUCGAGAGCUACAUCGUCUUCACGGAGUUCUUCGACCCGUUCAUCCGCGAGCUGCACUGCGUCACCGCGAGCGGCGAUCUGCCCGACCACCCGCCGCCGCGUUUCUUCACCAACGACGACGAGGAAGACGAGGAGGCGCCGCCGGACGAGGUGGCGCUCGCCUCGAUCGAGCAGCACGAUCUCGACCCGAUCGCCAAGUUCAUUCAGGCCGGUGUCGUCGAAUGCACGCGGAAUCUCGCCAAGUACACCCUGCCGUUGACCCUGACGGUCAAUCAACUGGAGGAGGUCGAGCGGGAGAUCACGACUCAGCUGAUGUGCCCGGAGGUCACCGUCAUCAUGGCGGAGGGUAGCAGCGAGGACGAGGCUGGCACGUACUUCACCCUCAACGAGGUCCUGGAACAGCCCAGUCGCAUACGAGCGCAGCUGGCGGCGGCCGGCCUGCUCUUGCCGAUCACGGAGUACGACGCGAGCGACGAUCGACGGCUUCACGGUAAGCACUGGCCUUACGGACGGGGUGUCUUCGUCACCACCGCCGGCGACCUCGCCGCGUGGGUCAACAUCCAGGACCACCUGCGCAUCGUCUGCCGCACUAACGAGAACCGGCCGGGCCUCGUGGGUCGCGCGUACGUCCGGCUGGCCAGACUGAUGAUGAUAUUCGACCAGAAGCUGAAAUUCAAACGCGAUCGGAAUCUGGGUUUCUUAACCGCGCGGCCUCACGCCCUCGGCAACACCCUGAGGUUCUGCCUGGUCGUCAGAUUCCCGGAGCUUUCGAAGACACCGGACAAUCUCCGGCACCUCUGCGUGGUGCGCGGUCUCAGCGUCCGGGAGACCGCCAAGAGCGACAUGGUGAGGAUCGGCAAUCAGCAGUCGUUGGCCAUCACCGAGCUGCAGACUCUGCAGGACUUCUCUCGAGCGGUUCACAAUAUCAUCACGCUGGAGAAGGAGCUGUCGCUGAACAAUUCGGUGAAGAUCGCCACUCUGAUCGCCGAUGACAGCGAAGUCGACAUUCCGAUAUUUCGCUCGGAAGAAGGACGCUAUUUGGCGUCGUCAUUGGGCGAUCCCUUGAUUAAAGGACUAACAGAAGUUGCCAACGCGCGGCCAAAAGAUCCGGUCACGUAUCUCGCGACAUACUUGUAUAACUUUGCCAGCAAAAAUAAAACGAACGAACAGGAAUCUGACGUUCUCAUUAUACCUGAUCGCGAGGAGGAGAACUUGGAGAACCUCGAGAAUGACAAUUUCGACGAGGACGCCGGGUACCCGCAGAGUCCGGACUCGGACGUACCCGAAUCUACGUUCAGCAAUCCUAACAGGGACGAACACGGGCAAAGCAUGAUCCACUUCGCGGCAGUUCGCUCUUACUCGAAGGACGGGUUGUACCACCUGCUGCUGGAGACGCAGGUAAACGUCGGUUUCAGGGAUGAGCUGUAUCGAACCGCCAGAGACGUCGCCGAACAGGCGAAUAUCCGCGAGAACGUCGACGAGAUCGAUCGUUACGUGGUUUACUUAGCGGCGAGAGGUGAAACGGAAAAAUUGGUCGAGCUUCUGUUGGAGGGCUACGAUCACAUCCUCGACUCCGAGGACGACGGGGUGAACAUCAUGGACGUCGCAGCGGAAAGGGGCCACGAAGCUACCGUGCAAUUCCUGCAGUCGAUUCCUAAUUACGCGAAUCAACGCGAAGAGGUGCACGCCGCGAUUCGCGCGAGCGACGUGGAUCGCGUGAAGGAGCUUUUACAUAAGAACAACGGGGGUGGAAAGUUGCUGGCCGUUGGGAAGAACUCGAUCGGCCGCUGCGCUCUGCACAUCGCCGUGCUUCGGGAACAGGAAGACCUUGUCAAAUUUAUCGCGAGAACGUACCCAGAAACACUGCGUAUCGGCGAUAACUUGGAGAGAACUGCUCUUCAUUACGCCAUGGGAGUGCCGUCCGUGGAGGUCUUAAGUAAUGUGUUAAUUAAGGCGGGCGCGAAGCGUAUUGUUAAAGAUCUGAAAUCCCGGCAGCCCUCGUAUUACUUCAUGAACAAGUCCGACAUCGAGAGACUUCAGGAGGAAGAGAAAUCCAUGACCGCAUGAAUCCGUACGAUAACGAUAUUCGCACCGAUUUCGCAGUCGAUCACACUUUAAUAUAUACAUGUAUUCCAUCGAGAUGUACGUUGCGAGACAGGGUCGGCGGGGGAGUGUGAAGCCGAUGAGGAUCGACGAGGUUCGGGAAUUAGAAAAAAGAGCCCAUCUCGAUUUCUUCUUCUCGUUUGACCUGUUCGACAUUAGUCGAAAGCGAAUAAAAAAGGCGAAAUGAAAUAUCUAAGUUUGGAAAGAUUGUACGAACUUGUUUGUCGGAAAGAAAAGAAAGUCUCUUGGUAUUUUCUAUAUUCCUGUACCGCAUUCGAGCAGUAUAUCAAAGCUCGAAUGCGCUCUCGGUGACCCUGAGAUGAGCUAUUUAAGUGUUAGCCCGACAACUCAUCGUAAAACAUAUAGAUUAAUGACGUGUUUGAGUUAUACGUCAAAUGUGGAGACAAUUUAGUGCCUUAUAAAUAAAUGUAACAAGACUUGCAA